UGUGUGUACUUGAAUAGUCAAUUCGAAGGAAUUUCCUAUUUAUUAUUAUUAUUAUUUAACCGUUGAACUUAUGAAUCUGUUAUGAAACGUAGCGAAAGUGACCGAUCAUUCGCUCCACUUGUGCUGGGAUUCGACGUGUGCUGCGCAGGGUGUGGAAUGCGGCCACUCGCCCCCUCGCGGCCACCCGCGUAACUACAGUGUCUCAAUAGCAGCGGGCGGAAGGAACGCGCUGCUCCGCUCAUACACAGACAACCCUGGAGACAAGCAGGAAUGACGGGGUUGAAGCUGAUUUCUGCGACCGACACGCAGUACUCGGAGGCCUUGCUCAGGUCUUUGGAUGCGCAGAGGAAGGCCGGCUUGUUCUGCGAUGUCACGGUCGUCGUGCGAGGCCGCAGGUUCCGGGCGCACAGGAGCAUCCUGUCGGCAUCCAGCCCCUACUUCCACGAGCUCUUCUCGGGGGCCGCGGAUGUAAUCGAGCUCAAUUGCGUUAAGCCGGAAAUCUUCGAGGAAGUCCUAAACUACGUCUACAGCUCCAAGAUCAUCCGCGUGCGGUCUGACUCGCUCAAGGACCUGAUCGCCUGUGGCCAGACCUUGGGGGUGAGGUUCAUUGCGAAUCUGGGCAUUCCCCUGUCGCACGUCAAGGGUCUGCCGGGUUUGUCCAAAGACGAAAAUGAUGCACAGAGUAAAGCUCUGCAAAAUGUUGAGGUGAAGAAACCGGAACAAAUCGGCCUUUGUGCAGCGGUCGGUGCCAUGCCUGUUAUUACUGAGGCCUUCUCGCUGUCAUCACAAAAAUUCAGGAAGUGUGAUAGUUUACUGGACAGGAAUGCAUGCUUGCAAGAUCAUUGUGAUGAUGGAGGUGGAGGCGAUGGUGGAAAAAGGGGAGGAGGAGGAGGUGGUGGUGACGACGACGACGACGACGAUGACGAUGUGCUCUUUGUGUCGAAGCAGGAACCCCAACACAAGGGAAUUUCAAGCAGUACAAAUGAGAACUCGGAGUGUUCGGAUGUUGAAUAUGUGUCUGCAGGUGAUCUGUCUGUCAAAGAAAAGAGAAGUGCAAGCACAAAUGAAAGGAAUACUCUUAGGAAAAAGGCUCAUGUGGUGACAAGGAGGCAGAACUCCUUUGCCAUGGAUACCGAGGGGGGAAAGUUGCCACUCGACAGUUUCCCUUCUCAGGCUCAGCCUGACUCGAGCACUUUGAUUUUGCCUGUGGAGCAAGAGACUCCAGAUACUAGUACUAGUAUGCCUUCAUCGCCUUCUCUUUCCUCAGCUCUGUCUGCGGGUGGCUCCUGCGGUUCAUCUAACGCAUCCACGCUGGUCAUUGGUGUUCCCGAGGAACCGCGUAAAAGGGUCUUGUCCGGUGAAAGUUAUGAGGUGGUUGGUGUGCAGAAAAAAAGGGUGACCACAAUAAUAGAGAAGUCAUCUGAUAACCCGGGGGACUUCAAGCUCAAGUUGACAGAUGUAUGGUCUCCAUCUAGUCCUGAAUCUGUGAUGGGGGAUGAAAACCAAUUUGAAAUCGACUCUUCGACGUCAAGUUUCAAAGAAAUUGCCCCAGAUGGAGAGUAUGCGUGCAGUGCUUUUCCACUGAACGACCAGCCAGGGGAGAGCGGCUUUAAAGUCAAGAGGGGCUGCAGGUCUUUAACGUCUUCUCCAUUCAGUUCCACGAGGAGCUCUUCUGGAAUUCAGCAAAGGAGAAAAGCGAAAAGCAGGCAAAAUUACUAUGAGCUGAUCAUGGACGGGAAGACUUUCUACGUGUGCGUUGUUUGCAAGCGUUCGUAUUCGUGUCUGACGAGCCUGCAGCGCCACUUCAACGUCCAUUCCUGGGAGAAGAAGUACCCGUGCCGUUACUGUAGCAGGGUGUUCGCGCUUGCGGAGUAUCGGACAAAGCAUGAGCUCCAGCACACGGGAGAACGGCGGUACCAGUGUUUGCUGUGUAGCAUGUUUUUCAUGAACUAUCAGGAGCUUUCCUCCCACUGCAAGCAGACCCACAACCAGCACCCUUCCGGCAGAAAAGAGAGGAGGGACACCGAAAACCACCUGUACCGUCUUCUCCCCUGCAAGACCCUGGAGAUCAAGAACUAUUCCAGCAUCUCAGAUGAUUGCAGUGGGAUACCCAUCAUCAGCGAGGAUGGACGCACUUACCACGUGAACCUCGAGAAAGAACCCAUAGCUGAACCUGUGGGUGGUUCCCCUGCCCAAGGCAAGGUGUUGAACUGGGACGAUAUCUUUGUUGACAUGGGACCAGAGGCCUGUACUGGGAACAGUAUAAAUCAUGUGGAAGGCACACCCGAGUUCGAAUUUAUAAUUCCAGAGACUUACUGAUUUGGAUAUAUAUGGACCUAAGAAAUGUGCUUUCACAAUGCAGGGUACCUCUGUCUUUAUUUUUUUUUUUUUUUUUAACCUUGAAGUGUGGCUGUCACUCUUACUUUUUGUUGUGUUCCCAUUUUGAUUCAUAAACCAUAAGCCCUCUAUGCACUCUACCACCGACCUGUUGGUUUUUGGUUUAGCUAGGGUUUCUGGUUUUUGCUUACACUGAGGUUUUUUUUAAAAUCCAUUUCAAAAUCUUAAAGGUAUUAUUUACCCAUCACAGUGAAUCUACUUGGUAGAUUGUUUUACUGACUCAGUCCUAUGUUAUUGUUAGCACUUAAUAACUCUGACAGCAGAGUACUGGGAGAGUUGCAGUACUGAAUGAAAAAUGGGUUAUGUGUUAGUUUGUAAAAUGACUAAAUUAUUCUUUUAGUCCACCUUUUGUAGUUUAAUUUAUUUAGGAAAUGUUCAAAUGUAUAUUUUAUUUAAAAGAUAGAUGCGGUGAAGGUGUUUCCAGGGAAGCAAUAAAAAGUUGUUCAUGGGUAGAGCAGAAAUUUGAGUUUAUGGAAUUUAAUAUGGCUAUAGUAGUUAUUUUUGCACUCUGAGAAAUUUUACCAGGCAUACAGUUGAAGCAAUGCAAAACGGUGUAUGUUGGUAUAUGCUGCAUAGGUACAUUAAAUAAUAUGCACAUACUUUUGCAUUUAUUAAGUAUUUCAGAAAUGGUGUCUUUGUUAUGCACAUUUUUAAAUGAAAAUCUUCAAUUUGCAGUUGUCACUGAAAAUCGCUAUUGAAAGUGGCAGCAUAAUCUCUUUUUUCAGUUUUAGUUUUGAUUCCCUGUAGCCUCAUCUUCAAAUACAUCAGAAUACAAAUGAGUGUUUCAAGAGUCACUAAUUAAAUCCCUGCUUAAUUUGCUUAGAAAUAACAUUCAACACGCUCAGGGAUUUCAAGAUUACUCCAGAAUUUGGGUGCAGUAGAUAUGCUAAGAUUUAUGGACCUAUAUAUAUUUUUUUUGUAGUGUCUGAGUGGGACCAGAUUUACUGUGGUGGUAACAGAACUUCUGACAAAGUAAUUAUUAGUUUUCCUGUGCCAACAGUAAGUGACUCUGUACAGAUUUAAAUACAUGCUUAAAAACAUGCCUUUUUAACUUUUAAAAGAACAAAUCGCUUGUUCUUUCCAGAAUUCAAAAAGCAACUUCAACAAUGGAGCAGCAUGACUUGCAUUUGGAUGCCAUGUAUGGUUCAAAUGCAGUAAUAUAACUAAAAAAAUUAUAAGCUAAUUAUGAUCUGUGCUGUUUUCAUGCAGCCUCUGGAGUAGAGCUGUGAUAGAUUCCUGUCUGCAUUAGUUUUAUUAUUAUUAUCAUCAUUUAUUUAUUGUUAUUUAUUUAGCAGACACUUUUGUGCAAUGUGGCUGAAGUUUGUACUCUACAAAAAGUACUUUUAAGGUUACAAGAUCAGUCAUAAGAUGACAGUCCAAUGGAUGUUUCCUCCCCACUUUGAAUAGAAAAAUGUUAUUCUGAUUUUUCACGUUGUCAAGUGGAAAGCAUGUGUUGUUUUUGUUUUUAUCAUUGGCAGAUAACUUCUUUUUAAAAUCAAUAUUAGAGCUGUACAGAGUAAAAUUUUACUAAGCUGGUGUGGUUUGUGUUUUUAUUGGGGAAAACGACUAAAAUGUGG